AUGUCUGAGGCAGAUGAAGUAUGUGUACCCCUGCCGAGGUUGGACUGGCAGGAGCACCUGCCCGCUUAUACCAAGAGCUAUGGCAUUGCGACCAGUGGUAUCUUUCUGUUUUUGAACUGUGGCCUCAAGCACCAGCUCGCUCUGCCAACUGAGCUGACCAAGUCCUCAACAUGCCCGCCGACUUCCCUCCUGCACCACCGCCGAUGUCCAAUCUCGGCCGAUACAGGCUGCUCUCCCCAACUGCUUCCUUGGACGCAGUGGCUUGGUGAAUGUACCAUAGAAACGACAGAGGAGAUCUUGGAUUACUUUUACGAGCAAGGCGGCAACUUCAUUGACACCGCAAACAACUAUCAGUGUGGGGAGAGUGAAAUGCGACUUGGCGAGUGGAUGAAGAGGCGUGGUAACCGCGAUGAGAUGGUGAUUUCUACCAAGUACACCACGGCCUUCGUGCCUCGGGAGGGCGAUGCCAGAAUCAAGAUCAAUCUGAAUGGCUGUGGAUCAAAGAGCCUCCAGGCUUCCGUUGCGGCCAGUUUGGAGAAACUGCAGACGCAUUACAUUGAUCUGCUCUACGUUCACUGGUGGGACUACAGUACAUCUAUACCAGAAUUGAUGCAGGCUCUAAACAGCCUCGUAGUCAGCGGUAAAGUGCUGUAUCUCGGUAUCAGUGACGCCCCGGCAUGGAUAGCUAGUAAAGCAAACGAAUACGCUAGAAACCACGGCAUGUGCCAAUUCAGUGUCUAUCAAGGCCAAUGGUCAGCCGCCCAUCGUGACUUUGAGCGCGACAUCAUUCCUAUGUGUCGAGCUGAGGGCAUGGCGCUUGCCCCGUGGGGCUCUCUCGGCGGUGGCAAAUUCAGGAACGCAGAGCAGCGCAACGCUCAAGCAGGCACAGUGAGCCAAGAGUAUACUGAAGAGGAGACAAAGGUUACUGCCGCACUUGAGGCUGUCGCAAGGCGCAAAAACGCGACUCCCAUCGGCGUCGCCAUUGCCUAUGUCAUGCACAAAGCGCCCUACGUCUUUCCUGUGCUCAGUGGGCGCAAGGUUGAGCACGUCAAGGGAAACAUUGACGCCCUUAGUAUUGAAUUGAGUCCGGUGGAUAUCAAGGAAAUUGAGGGUGCUGCACCGUUUGAUCUCGGAUUCCCAAACAACUUUCUUUGGGGUAGAGAAGUUCCCACAGCGCAAGGCAACGUGAAAUUCGCCGUCCUCGGGGGCAAUUAUGACCAUGUUGAAGACACCAAGCCCAUCAGGCCGGCCAAGGCAGCAGAGUAG